GGCAGAAGCAAAACGAAUUGAUAAUAGUGGAGGAAAAAGAAAACAAUCUAUCCAAUCAUCAUCUUCUAAUAUUAAGAAGAGGAGGAAGAAUAAGAAAGAUGAGAAACACAGCGGACCUCGUUUACCGAACAAAUUGAAUUCUUAAACCAUAAUAACAAACCUAUUCAUUCAGAUGAUGAAGAUGGAGGUUUACAUAUCAAUUAUGAUCUCUACGAGUACGAAGAAGUUAUCCCUGAAGAAGAAUCUAAAAAGAAUCGGAGAUUUGAUCCUGUUGAUAAUCUCGAAUAUCAACUUCCUGAACAGUUUAAGGAUGAGAAUAUACUAUCAGAUGACGAUGAUGGAAGUAUAGGAAAUGAGGAUUCUGAACAGGAGGAUGAAAAGCAUGCUAGGAUGUUGCAAAGAAUCACUGGAAUGCCAUCCGAGGCGUUUGGUAAAGCGAUUAAGAAGAAUAUAACUGUAAGUGAGGCAUACGCUGAAUCUGAAUUUAAUCCUAGCCGAGAUACAUUGGAUGGUAGUGGUCAGAUUGGUAUGAAAGAUCUAAUGGAUCCACUUCGUGAAACUGCUUGGUAUAAUGCACUUAACAAGAUAAUUAGUCUACUGGAGAAAAAAUCCUCGGCGAUCAGUACACCUCUUGCAAAAAUUGAUCAGGAUAGGAUAGACAGGAUCGAGGGUUAUAAAUUUGCAAAGAAGGAAGUUACUAAACGGGAGCCAUUAAUGAAGAGAAAUAGGGAGGCGCCUACCAUCUUCUUUGGGGAACAAACUGAUGUGGGGUUCGCUACUGUAGGAGCAAUAGCAUCUGAAUUUACUCCUAGAACCGAAUUUGAAAAGCAAAUGGCUUCAGUUGUUCAGGAUGCUGAGGUCGAGGAUGCACACAUGAAGGAUGGUGCGAGGCUUCUUGAACUCAACAUGAUAUCUGUUGAGGAUGCGAAGGACCGCCAGAAUCACCUUGCAAAAAUGCGUAGUCUUUUAUUUCGGCAUGAAGUGAAGUCAAAACACAUCAAAAAAAUCAAGUCUAGAACUUAUCAUCGUCUCAAGAACAAGGACAAACUGAAGACAUCAUUUUCUGACGAGCAAAUGGAUCCUGAUUCAGCUAAAGAACUUGCAUUGAAGCAAAAGUUCAAACGAGCUGAGGAACGUAUGGCAUUGAGACACAAAUACAACUCCAGGUGGGCAAAACGACAGAGACAGCGUGGUUUGGCUACCCUGGAUGAAGGAACUAGAGUUGCUAUCUCUAAUCAGCUUAAUCAACAUGCACUUCUAACCAGAAAAAUUAACAGUAUGAAGGACAGUAGUAGUAGUAGUAGUGAUGCAAGUAGUGAUGUUGAGGACGAUGACGAUCUUGAAGCUGUCACAGAACAGGACGGGCCUUUGAAAUUGGUGACCGGAGCAAAAGAGAAAACCCUCAAAAUUAUAGAGGAGGAGGAUGAAGCACCAACAUCAGGAGUGCUUUCGUUACCUUUCAUGGUUCGUGGAAAUGAAAGGAGAAAAAGGGCAGUUAAUGAAGAAGCUAAGCUUGCACUUAAAGAGUAUGACUCAUCAUUGAUGGAGCUGCAAGAGAAUUCGGAUGAAGCAGAAGGUUCGAAGAAAGCAGCGUCAAGUGGUAGACGGGUUUUCAGCACAGCAGCUAAAAAUCAGGCUGAUGAAAUGAGUAGUAAGUUUAAACCAAAUAUGGUGGAUAGGGGUAGUGACAGUGAAGAUGAAUUUGCAUCAAAAGGUUUUGGUGAUGCUGUAUCCGACAGAAAUAUGGUCGUUUCACAGAAAACUGUUCAAAUAGAUCCUAGUGGUGUACUUAGUGGAAGUUUUAACACUGGCCAAGAACCUCUUUUUAAGAUGAAGAGUGAACAUAAGAAGUCCAGUGCCGAUAAAAAGAACUCAAUGGUGGUACACACUGCUUUGCCACUUAAAGAGACCAAGGAGGAAGACGAGGAUAAUGGUAGUGAGAGUGGUGAAGAUAUGGUGGAUGGAAUUCUUACUUCUGGUACUAAGCAAGAUUAUAAGCUUCCGUCUCAGGCAGACCUUAUACACAAUGCUUUUGCUGGUGAUGAUGUGGAGGAAGAAUUUGAGAAGGAAAAAUUAGAAGCUCUGAAUGGGGAAAAUCCUGAGCCUGAGAAGCCGACUCUAGUUCCAGGCUGGGGUCAGUGGACUUAUAUCCAAAAGAAGAAAGGUUUACCUUCUUGGAUGGUCGAAGAGCAUGCAAUUGCACAAAAGAAAAGGGAAAAUGCGCUUAAAGAGAGAAAGGAUUCACAUCUUAAGCACGUUAUUAUUUCUGAGAGGCUUGACAAAAAGGCUGAGAAGCUACAUACAGCGACACUGCCACAUCCGUACACAUCCAAUGAAGAUUAUGAAAAAACUCUUCGUGUGCCUCUUGGACCCGAAUUCAACCCAGCCACAAAAGUUGGAGCACUUAUCCGGCCUGAAGUGGUAAAAAAACCAGGUGUAAUUAUAAAGCCCAUAGAGCAUGAAGAAGUGGAUCCCCAUGAAAAAUCAGAGCACAAGGGAAUAGGGAAGACACAGCCGAAGAAGAAUAAAUCUGACAAUGGCAGAAGUGUUCGCAACACUAAAAAAUUAAAGACAAAAACCUUGCUGACACUAAGGAUAUAAAGAUUUGGAAAAAUAGGUAACAGUGAUGGAAGUAGAUGGUGGCACACAAGAGCAUUAGAUCCGGAACAAGCAGAGGCGAAAGCUCUUCUUGAAGCAAUAUCAUGGGCUAAGAGAAAUGGUAUAAGGAAGUUGCAUAUGGAAGGAGGCUAUGUUCUAACGUAAUAAGAGCUCUAAAUGGCAGUUUCAGCUCCAUAAAAUGGACUACUAAAAACAUUAUUUUAGAUUGUUUAAGUUUACUAGUUUCUUUUGAGUCUUGGAAUUGCACUUAUGUGCACAAAGACAUUAAUCAUGUAACAGAUUCUUUAGCAAAAUACGCAAGGAAUAUCUAUAAUGAAGAGGA